CUGUGUCCCUCAGACACAGGGGAUCACCAAUCACACAAAAAGACCCAAAGAUGUCAGCUCGGUCAUGUGAUCAGCUGUGUCCAAUCACAGCUGAUCACAUGGGACAUGUACACUGAUCAUCAGGGCACUGAUGAUCAGUGUGCCCUGAUGAUCAGUGUGACCCCAGAAGUGCCACCUGUCAGUGUCCAUCAGUGCCAGCUGUCUGUCAGAUCUGAACAGUGUCACGUGCCAGUGCCCAUCAGUGCCACAUAUCAGUGCCUAUCAGUGCACAUCAAUACCACAUAUCAGUGCCCAUCUGAGCUUCCUUUCAGUGCUGCCCAUCAGUGCCAUAUAUCAGUGCCCAUCAGUGAUGCCUGUCAAUGCCCAUCAGUGCCACCUACCAGUGCCUCCUCAUCAGUG